AUGCAUGUCAUACUGAAAGGGAUAGCAAAGAAACCAUUUUCAUUGGCUGUGUUUGAAAAUAAGUUGUAUUGGAGCGAUUGGAUAUCCAAUACCAUACAAUCGUGUGAUAAAUUCACUGGCAAAAAUUGGAAAAUCCUAGUGGAUACGAACAGUACCAUUUAUGGCAUACAUAUAUAUCACUCUGUUUUGAAACCCAAGAUGCCGAAUCCAUGCAAUUCAAAUCCCUGUUCCCAACUGUGUCUAUUAAAUUCAAAGAAUGGAUAUACUUGUGCUUGUACAUUGGACAAGGAAUUAAACCGUGACAAUCAUACGUGUCGUGCGGUUAAAAAGAAAGUGCAUUUAGUUAUUGCAACGGGAAACACACUCAUAGAUUAUUAUCACGAAUUGUUGGGAAAACCGAAAAUGACAACUAACGUUAUGCUAAAUCACAUCACUGGGAUUGCUUAUAAUCCUCUUACUGGUGGUUUACUGGCCAGCGAUCAACUGAGGGACAACAUUUUCCAUUUUAACACACACACUGAUGAUCUGAAAAGCUUGAUAUCCAUCGAGAAUAAAAUAUUGGGUGGAAUGGAUUUCGACUAUCUUGGAAACAAUCUGUAUUUGUCGGAUGUGAAGCACAAAACUAUCGAAGUUCAUAAUUUGGACAACAAUGAAAAAACGAUCUUCUACUUCCAGGACGAACCUUAUGAUAUUGCGCUUGUGCCGGAAGAAGGUAUCAUGAUGGUCGUAUUUAACGCGGAUAAAUCGUACCGCAUAGAUCUGAUGAAUAUGAACGGACUUGGUCCAAGAAUCACGAUCGAAGGGAACAAAAUACCGUUAAUUGGACCGAAAGUAUCUUUGUGCUACGACAGAGAUCUGAAACAAUUGUUUUGGAGUGAUCAAGGCACUGGUCGUAUUGGUAUUACGACCAUUCCAGGUCUCGAAACAUACAUCUUCCGUACUGGUUUAUCAGAACCUGUGAGUCUCGCCGUUCUUGGUAAUUAUGUAUUUUGGACGCAAUAUAGGUCAGAUCAAUUGUACUGGACUAAAAAGAGCAACACACAGCAAUAUCAGAAACAUAUUACAUUAAAAAUACCUAAUAACUUGGACAGAAUACAAUUAGUGGGUAUACACGAAACCUAUGUAAAAGAGCACCAGUGUCGUAUAAACAAUGGGAACUGCUCUCAUGUGUGUCUGUUAUCCAAUUCUCAUUCAUACCUUUGCGCGUGUCCCCCCGACAUGAUGCUAAACGUGGAUAAUCGAACGUGUAGUCCUCAAACUGCGUGCAAUGCUGGCGAGAUAAAAUGCAGUGAACAUGAUGUGUGCAUAAAGUUUGAUCAAAGAUGCAAUGGAGUACAAGACUGCCCUAACGGAGAAGACGAAUCAAGCAUUUGCGAUGAAUACCACUGGUCCAAAUGCAAGCAUCAGGAUCAGUUUGAAUGUAAAAACGGCGAAUGCAUAAACAAGACGAAACGUUGUAAUUCCUACUACGAUUGUGCCGAUUGGUCGGACGAGGAGGGCUGCGAUAAAAAGGAAUGCGAUUCCAAUGAGUUUCAAUGUCACGAGGGGGCUUGCAUAUCGAAAUACCUUGUAUGCGACGGACAAAACGAUUGUACUGAUUUUUCGGACGAACUUAAUUGCGACAAGCACGAAUGCGAGACUGACAGCUUCACGUGCGAAAUCGGGACUUGUAUACCCAAAACGUGGGAAUGCGACGGAGAGGCUGACUGUGCAGAUCGUUCUGACGAACACGAGAUGUGCCAAAGAAGCGCAUGUCCAUCCGAAAUGUUUACUUGUUUAAGCGGUCGUUGCAUCGAUUUAACAUUGAAGUGCAAUGGAAUCAGCGAGUGUGAAGAUAACAGCGAUGAACAAUAUUGCAAUUACGUGGGUAAUAAUAAUUACGUCAAUUGUUCUGCAGAUCAGUAUAAAUGUUUCAACACGGAAUUAUGCCUUCCCAAUGAAGUCAGGUGUAACGGCAUUUCAGACUGUCCAAAAAACGACGACGAACGUAAUUGUGCUCGAUGCGAAAAGGAAGAGUAUGUUUGUGACAAUCAGAAAUGCAUUGAUAAAAACUGGGUAUGCGACCGGAUAAAUGAUUGUGGGGAUGGAUCGGAUGAAAAAGAUUGUGACGGUGGUAAUUCGAGAAUGAAUAGCGUCAGCCCGAUAUCUAAAUGUAAAGAAUUCAAAUGUUCCAACGGCGUUUGCCUCCCUUUUAUCAAAGUGUGCGAUGGAAAAGUGGAUUGUUCGGAUCAAAGUGAUGAAUACGGAGAAUGUAAAAUUGCGUGUACCAAGGCCAAUCCCUGCACGAAUAUGUGCCACAAAACACCCACUGGUCCUGUCUGUGAUUGUAGAGAUGGAUAUCAAUUAAGUAACAAUUUAAAAUCUUGUGAAGAUGUCAACGAGUGCGAAGACAAUGUUUGUUCACAAUUGUGUCAUAAUACUAAUGGAUCUUAUACUUGCUCGUGUUACGAGGGCUACGUCAUUCGAAGUGAUAAAACUUCGUGCAAAGUGGCUGGUCCACAAAUGGAGAUAAUCACAGUUUCUGGUAAUGGCAUCAGAAAGUUAUCACCAAAUUUGAAUUCAAUUGAAGUUAUUUAUGAAGAAAUGAAUUUUGAAAUAAAUGGUAUUGACGUGAACACGAAGGAAAAUACUAUCUAUUGGAGUAAUGAUGUUCUAGGUAUGAUAAGUAAAAUAAAUAUGAAAACCAAAGAACGAAAGACUGUUACCGGUCUUGGCAAACCGGAAGCUUUAGCUGUUGAUUGGAUUACUGAUAAUGUAUACUUUAAUGAUAAUGAUCGUUCCAGUAGUAUUCAGGUUUGCAAUCUAGAGCAACAGAAGUGUGCUAAAGUAGUAUCAAUUCCACAAAAAUACCGAGCAAUCUCUAUUGCUGUCGAACCGAAGAAGGGGUGGUUAUUUUGGAGCCAAACUAUUUGGUCACAUUACGAUAGACCUAUGACGGAAAUAUAUCGAUCUAGUACAAUAGGUACUAACGCAACAGCAAUUGUACAUCAUGAUCUGGGUAUUGUUUUUGCAUUAACUAUUGAUUAUACACGAUCCAGAGUGUAUUGGUCAGAUACGUUUCAUAAAACCAUCGAAUCUUCGAAUUUGGACGGUUCUAAUCGCGUUGUAGUUGUAAAUACAUUUAUUUAUCAAGCUUUGAGUAUUAGCAUAUACGAGGAUUCUUUAUAUUGGUUGAUGGGUACAAUUGGUGCAAUUCGAAAAUGCAAAUUAUACGGUGACAAAUCAUGUACAACAAUUAUUAUUGGUAUUUCAAACAUCGAUAAACACUUUAUUAUUUCUCACACAAUUAAGCAACCUGUUGGGAAAAAUUUUUGUGAGAAACAUGACUGCAGUUAUAUGUGUGUUUCGGGAAACAAUAGAUCCGCAUGUAUUUGUCACGAUGGGUAUCCAAAAGAUUCCAAAAACAUUUGCACAGAAAACACAAAUACAAAAAUUCAAUUCAAUUCCAAUAUAGCCAGCCAUAGUAUUCGUCAACAACGAGGAACGUUAGCCGGUAUAAUAAUCACAGUAUUAGCAUGUUUCAUAGUUGCAUCAGCCUAUUUUUAUUACCAGAAAAUCAAACCGAACUUUUCAAAGAAGAAUAAUCUCAGUAUUCAUUUUCAAAAUCCAUCGUUCGAUCACCGAAAUGAGAUUAAUUGUAUUUCUGGUUUGCCACCUGGAGAACACGAAUAUGUUAAUCCAGUUAUGAAUAUCCAACAGAACAAGAAUGAAAAUAUAACAGAGAAAAAUGAGAAACAAAUAAUGAAAAUGUUCAAUUUUGAUCAAUCAGAUGACGAAUCUAAAGAAUCUAUGAAUAAACAAGAUAUUCGCUUAAUAUAAUAAAAUAUAUACCACCUUAAUUAUUAAAUGAAA